AUGUCCUUCCCACCAUACCAGUACCAGGACUACCGCAACCAUGCCCAGCAGAUCAAUUCCCACACCAACAUGAUCCCAAUGAUGCAGCCUCAGUACCUGUCGUCUCCUCAAAACAGAUAUCAGUACUUCCAACAUCCACAGCAACCGCCUCAGCAACAGUACCACCAUGUGAUGCCGCAAUAUCACCACCCACAUCCCCACCAACUCCAGCAGCAUGCGCACGCACAAUACGGAGGAUAUCCGAUGGAUGAUGAUUCGAUCGGACAGCAGCAGCAGCAGCCAGUUCAACAGCAACAGCAAUCGAUUGGUUCCGGACCUUCGCGUACGGUUUACUUAGGAAAUAUCCCCGAAGACCUCUCUCCACGCCAGUUGCUUGAUCACGUUCGCUCUGGAACGGUAGAAAACGUGCGAAUUUUUUCCGAGAAAAACUGUGCUUUCGUAUCGUUUUUGGACGACCAUUCUGCUAUGCUUUUCCACUCAGACGCUAUCUUGAAAAGGUUGACUAUUGGUGAUAACGACAUCCGUAUUGGCUGGGGAAAGCCGUCACCGGUAGCACCUGUUGUGAUGGAGGCAGUCUCCAGGUACAAUGCCACGCGAAACGUAUAUUUGGGCAAUCUCCCAGCUGAAUUUUUUGACUCUGAAGAGGCCAAAGAAGAGCUGCUGAAGGACCUUGAGGAGUUUGGAACCGUUGAGAGCUGCAAGUUUCUGAGGGAAAAGCGGAUUGCUUUUCUCCAUUUCACCUCCAUUCUGAGCGCAAUCCGCACGGUCCAAAACCUGCCUUUGAAGGACAAUUUCAGGGACCGCAAAGUGUCCUACGGAAAGGAUAGAUGUGCGUUUAUCACCAAGACCCAGCAACACAAUGCAGCCCAGUACCUUGGACUCAACCCCAACUUUGACAACAGACAAAUUCUAUCUCACGUGGAUCGCGAGUUCAUUUCGAACGCUCUUGUCCAGCAAUCCAAUGCUGCUGCUGCGAUCGCAACAUCUGCUGGUGGAGCCAAUAAUCUUGGCAAUAGAACGGUGUAUCUGGGCAACCUGCACCCAGAGACCACGCUUGAAGAAAUCUGCAAUGUGGUAAGAGGAGGCAUUCUUCAAAACAUCAGACUCAUUCGUGAGAGGCACGUAUGCUUCAUUACCUUCAUUGACCCAAUUGCUGCAGCUCAAUUCUUUGCCAUGAGCUCUCUGAAUGGACUGAUCAUUCAUGGAAGAAAGAUCAAGAUUGGCUGGGGCAAACACAGUGGUGGGCUAUCUAAUGCUCUCAGUUUGGCAGUGGGCAAUGGUGCUAGCAGGAACAUCUAUAUUGGAGGCUUGGAUGAUGACGAUGUAGUGAUUGAAGAGGACGAAGGGGCUGACGACGAGAAUAAUGAGACCACUGAUGAGACCACCGAUGACACCAAGAGCACUACAAAGACUAAAGAGUCUUCUGCGGGGUCUCCAGAGGCCACAGAUCCAUCAACCCCAACCACAGAUGAUACAGACCCGGAGCAUACUACCAGCUCGAAGAUCACCUUCUCCAACAAGAAACUCCACGAAGACUUCAAACAAUUUGGAGAAAUUGAGCAGAUCAACUUUUACCGCGAAAAGCAUUGUGCUUUUGUGAACUUUACCAAUAUCUCGAACGCAAUCAAGGCAAUGGAUGGCAUCAAGGAGCACAAGGACUACCUGAAGCUAAAGAUUAACUUUGGUAAGGAUAGAUGCGGAAAUCUCCCUAGACAAUUCAACAAAAACCACGAAAAUCCUGCUAUGAAAGACGAUGAUUACUACGGAGGAAGCCAGCACAGUUUUGGCCUUUCUGCGAACACAGACGAAGACAGUGGUUCUCAGGGUAUGGGAUAUUCCCAGAACGGGUUCAGAAACGCUAUUGGUAACAUCGACGAAGACGAGAACGAGACGUGA